CUUCUGCUUUGAGAGGCUCACUCGCGCCGUCCAAAACAUCCAUGUCCCCGACGCCAUCUCAGGACAAAGGACGCCCGUUGGGUUUUUAGCUGUAGAAAUAAUAAUUCAAAUCCCACAAGUUUACGCACAGGGACGUCUCGGACAACACAGCGAUAUAUCCGUUCAGCUCGUCUUUCUGCGUGGAUAAGAAAGUGUAUUCUCCAAAGCUUGCUCAAAGACAUGUUGGACGGAUCUCCGGCUCGCAGCGAUGAAGCCAACAUCGGCAACGUCGAAAACAAAAGCCCGAUAUCGCUGAUCUCCGGGAGCGAUGGGGUAAACACGGGCAACAAGGCGAGGCAGGCGCUGCUGAAGAAAGGAGGGAGGAAGCUGCGGUCGACGGCGCCGCUGCAUCACCAGAAGCCUCCGAGACACAGUCCCAACAUCCGCCUGUCCGACCACAACAACAACAACACUCUGGCUGCUUCAUCUGCCAACAAACCCUCAGUUCAGCCCGGGAGCGAGCUCCCAGCCGGGACACAGACCGUGCUGACCCUCCAUCACCUCAAACAGGGAGCCAAGAAAGAGCUGCUAAAAUCCAAAGGUGGCAGAGUGGAGCGGGGAUCCACACAGCCAGAUGGCCAACCUGCUCGCAACCUGCCCCGAAAUGAUCAAAUCGCCCAGAACAUGAUCAAACGGAGUCACAAGCCCAAGCCGGGCCAAACCACCGCACCACCUAGCUCUGCAAAGAAAAAAGAUAACGGCAGUCCGAAUAAGCCCUCAUCUCUCCACCAGCCUGCACUCCGGGAGCAGAAAAAACCCCUCCACAACUCCAACAACGUGAAGAUCUUCAACACUCCGCCUGCUGAAGCUGCACCUGAAUACCUCAAAGAUGGCGAGAAGGUCUACGCCGGGGCUAAGUUCAGCGAGCCGCCGUCACCGAGUGUCUUACCUAAACCGCCCAGUCACUGGGUCGGAGAAAAUGAGCCUGAACAGAGCAACCAAAGCCGAGAGCAAAUGACUGUUCACCUAAAGUCGCUGCUGAAGGUUCAGGAUAACAAUAAUGACCACGUCUGAUAUCAGAUCGACACUUAAUGCCAACGAUUGGAAAAUAGGCAUUAAGCUGAAUUGAGUUUGGCCCUUUAACACACUGCAAUACAAUGAAGGGAGUUUUUUUUUUAUUAACUGUAGUACAAUUUCCCAGAAUUCAACUUGCUGCCUGCAUUUGUGAACAUUUUGGAGAUGACGUGUUGUUGCUGGAGAUCUGACUGACAUGCUGCGUACGUCAGGUGUGUUUCAAACACUUUCGGCCUUCUUGUUGGCAGAGGGAAGAGAAAGUGCGGUGUUUUUGUGAAUUUGUGUCGUGGGAGGUUGAGGUCGUCUCCAGUAGCAACACGAUCAGCGUCUCAUGUUUACAUUAUGCAAAGUGAGGAUGGCACUUUUUUGUGAAUGCUCUUCAAAAGGCAGCCUUGGGUUGAUUUUUUUUAAAAGAACUUAUGUAAAUGUACAAAAUAUAUUGUAAACAUAUAUUUGUGUAUAUUUUUCCUUGUUAUUUUAACUGAGAUUCUAGUUUUGUUACUGAGGUUUUUUCCAAAAAAAAACAAGAAAAAAAAAGAAAAAAUGUCCCCUGCGAACUGAGGCACUUUGUUACAGCUGCUUCAGUGUGAGGCUCAGUGGACGCGAGAAAGACUUUUCUAACUGAUUUGCACUGAAAAUCAGGAAGGGCAGGACAUUUGUUGUUCCAAAGCUUUAACAGCCACUUUGACGAUUUCAUCAGCCAGCGUUGAGCACAGGAGAGGACUUCCAGAUUUCGGCUGGGCACCUUUCGAAAUGGCUCUGAUACAAAUCAGCAUUUUCUAGCUGGUGGCUGAAGCUCUUUCCCUUCCUCGAAAACGGGUCCAAACGGUGGAAAAGCCAAGAGUUGAAUCAGGGACUGUGGGGCUGUCGAAGCCUCGGUGAACUGAAGAGAAGACGACAAUGUGAAAAGUCUCACAACCAGCUGCUGCAGAGAGCCAGUAUCCACACCGAGAAAUUUUCUUUUCUUUUUUUUUAUCUCUAUUGCACUGACUCAGAGUACGUUCACAUUAAACCGGCUACGUUAAAAAAAAAAAAAAUCUCUCUGUAUCGGCCGUCUGUCCACACUGAGCUGCUGUCUUUCACGACCAAAAACAAAACUUUUUCCUGAACAGUAUCCAGACUGGCUUCAUGUUUCAGUUGCAGCUACAACAAUUAAUCAAUUAAUUGACUAGUUGACAGCUAUUUAAUUCAUCACCAACUAAUCUGAUUAUCUAAUAAUCUGUUUGAAUACAAUUCUAAGAUUGAAUAUAGCCAAUAGUCAAAAUUCGCUGAUUUGAGCGCCUUGAAUGUGAAUAUUUUCAUUUUUUCUUACUCACCCAUAAAAAAUAAACUAAUCAAUUAAUCAAGAAAAAAAUCAGAUUAACGGACAAUGAAAAUACGGGGAUAACUGUAUAUUUUUGAGGAGUGUGUGGCAGUUUAAUUUAAAAAGCACUAAAAAGAUAGUCUUCUGUCACUUUGUGAGUUUCUCUGUGAUCAGCAAUCCUAAUUGUCAGAAAGUUGAUUUUGUGAAAUUAGAUUCAGUCCAGUUGAGAAAGUCAUGAAUUGAUGGACAGAAAAAAAUGAUCUGCAACUAUUUUGAUCAUCUGUUAAUUAUUUGAUUCACUGUCCAAGCUGUUAAGCAAAGGAUUUUCUGCUUCCAGCUCCACAAAAUGUGAUGAUUUCUUUUGGACUGUCUGUCGGGAUAAAGGAUUUAUUGUAAAAGAAACGAUUUUCUGAUAUUUUUGUAGAAAGGUGCAAAAAUAAGGAAUCAGUAACGAAAAUAAUCAUUGGUCAUCUCCCCAGUCAUAUUAUUAUUCUGAAAUAACGACUUUAUGUUAAAGCUGGUUAAGAUGCAGUUUGUCCUCACUUAUGUACAGUAAGUGAGGACGAAAGAACUGAAUUCGGCUCUAUUAACAGACGAUGUAGGUGAUCACAGAGCAGAAGGGGACAGAAAACAGGUGUGAAGACGUUAAUGUUGGCCCCGCUCCUCAUUAGAUGUCAGCUGUGAUGAUAGUUUGCAGAACAAAAAGGGGACAAAGAGAAAGAGAUUACGCGUAAAUGUUUCAGUGUGGACAGCAUAAAAACGCAUUGUUUUUAACACGUAAACUGAGUUUUAAAGAUUGUAUGGCUUCAUGUGGACGUAGUCUCACUUUUUUCAGUAUGUUUUAAAGGGGACUUGGUUUCACACACUUCACUUCACAUACCUCUUUACCUUUUCAUUUCUUUAAGAUACUUUAAAGCACGUUAAUGUUUACCAAGAGUGCAGUAUGUGUUAAAUUUGACACAGAUGAUCUUGUGACGAUGUACCACGUGUUCUUUUUUAUUAUUAUUAUUUGAGUGGUUUCUGUGGAUGCAGGCAGCUGCUGGAUCUUAUUUCUUGACCUCUGUGACGUCACGUAAAUGGAAAAUUGUAUUACCGUAUCCCCGAAAACUGCCCAUUUUAUUACAGUGUUUUAAAAUGAUUUCAUUCCAGUCAUGAGAACAUGCUUAACGAUUCAUCUCCAUGUUACAAUUUGGGAAAUUGAUUUUAUCAAGUCAUUAAUAUCUAAAUUAAAAUUCUAUUAAAAUAUUGGUUACCCCUA